AUGGCUGACGCCCAAGACAAGGUGUCGCCGGCCCCGGCUACGGCCCCGCCCUCAGAUACCACCGCCGAUGCCCCGGCCGGUCCUGGCAUUCAGGAUCCGAGCAAGACACACAUCAACAUCGUCGAGCAUGCCCGCUCUGCAGCCCACAAAGAGCGUAACAUGACUAUUCGUCAAGGUAUCAAGCUCUACCCCAAGGCCAUCUUUUGGAGUGUCCUCAUCUCCACCUGUAUCGUAAUGGAGGGUUAUGAUAUCUCCCUUGUUAAUAACUUCUAUGCCUUUCCUCAAUUCAACAAAAAGUACGGUGUUCUGGGCGAUGAUGGAGAGUACCAGGUACCAGCCGCUUGGCAAGCUGGUCUGAGCAAUGGAGCCCACUGCGGUGAAAUUAUUGGUCUUUUUAUCAACGGUUGGAUCUCAGAACGAUUUGGUUACCGCUAUACGGUCAUGACAUGCCUUGUCUGUGUAGCAGGUUUCACAACUAUCUUCUUUACUGCCCAGAAUGUUCAGACUCUGCUUGUGGCCGAGAUCCUCUGCGGUAUUCCUUGGGGUAUCUUCCAAACACUGACAAUCACAUAUGCAUCCGAGGUGUGCCCAGUCGCUCUGCGUGGCUAUCUGACCACAUAUGUCAACUUCUGCUGGGGUUUGGGCCAGGAAAUCGGUAUAGGAGUAAUUCACUCUAUGCUCAAGCGCGAAGAUGAAUGGGCAUACCGUAUCCCAUAUGCCCUCCAAUGGAUAUGGCCGUUGCCACUCCUGAUCGGUAUCUUCUUUGCUCCCGAAUCACCGUGGUGGCUAGUCCGGAGAGGCCGCAACCAGGACGCCAAGGAAGCUCUGCUACGCUUAACCAGUCUCGAUCGUGAGACUGACUUUGACGCCGACGAAACCAUCGCCAUGAUGGUACAUACCACCGCCCUUGAAGAGAAGAUUACAGCGGGAGCAUCCUACUGGGAUUGUUUCAAGGGCACUGACCGUCGUCGUACAGAGAUUGUUUGCAUGAUUUGGGCCAUCCAGAAUUUGAGCGGCAAUUCUUUCUCUAAUUAUUCGACCUAUUUCCUUGAACAAGCUGGUCUCUCAGCCGACAAGGCAUACUCGUUUGCCCUUGGCCAGUAUGGCAUCAACAUGGCAGGUGUCUUUGGUGCUUGGGGACUUAUGAGUCUGGGCAUCGGCAGAAGGUCGUUGGUACUCUAUGGCCUCUGUGGUCUUUGUUCCAUGCUACUCAUCAUGGGGUUCCUUGGCUUGGUGCCCGAGGCCCAUCGCACCCAAUCUUCAUUGGCGACCGGCUGCAUGAUGAUCGUUUGGGCUCUCUUCUACCAGUUGACCAUAGGCACCGUAUGCUAUUCUCUUGUCGGAGAACUGUCGUCUCGUCGCUUGCAAAUCAAGACAGUUGUUCUUGGCCGCAAUCUAUACAACGUUGUUGGCAUCAUCAACAGUGUUUUGACUCCCUACAUGCUCAACCCCACAGCCUGGGACUGGGGCAACUAUGCAGGAUUCUUUUGGGGCGGCAUUUGCUUUCUGUGCAUUAUUUACACCUUCUUUCGUCUGCCGGAGCCGAGUGGCCGCACCUUUGCAGAGCUUGACGUGCUUUUCGAGAGAGGCAUCAGCGCAAGGAAGUUUGCUUCGACCGAGGUGGACGUGUUUCAUGAGACAGUCGAGGAGAACGUCAUGAACCGUUAUGAGGAGCUUGCGGAUGCGCCAUCCGAGAAAGUCCACAACAAAGCAUGA